AUGAAAAAAUGUACAUUAAGUUUUGUAGAAGAUACUUAUUCUUUUGAUGAUGACAAUAUUCAGAGUCCUUUUUGUUACGUAUCUCAGAAUAUAUUCCAAUACUUAAAAGACCAAGAGACUUCUACCAAUAUUAGUUCUCCCCUAUGCCACCUUUUCUUUCCAAACUUUAUAUCAUAUGAUUUAUCACCCAAAUUAUACUAUUAUAAAUUGAAUGCACAACUUUCAGAUAACCACGUGGAAGUUAUUAGCCAUAAUCCUGGUUCUAUGACCUUAAAAGUCUGCUAUAUUUCCUCUGUAAACAAUGCACCGGUAGUUUUAAAUCAAAUAAAUAUCAAUGUGAAUUCGAUUUUAUUCACUGAAUUAUUAAAAUUGGAAAAUCAACAAGAACAAUUGGAGUUUAUUAGGCAAAAAGGUCAAUUAUAUGAUGGUAAAAUUAUUCAUGAAAACAGCUUUAUUUGUAAUCAAUGGUGUAAAAUCACAAAAUGCUAUCCGUAUCAUCAAGGUAUUUUCAACAUAAACAACACUAAAAUUGUUUUAUUAAAUGGGCUACAUGAAAAUGUGCAGUUGAACCAGUUUGUCACAAGUGAUAAAGAAUACAAUAUAAAACCUUUACCAGUCAAAAUACAAAAGCAAUGGCUAUACACAAAAGAUUCUGAGCAUCAUGAUACACGUGAAGAUGACUCAAUUUUAGCCUUUGCAGACGAAUCUGUGUUUCUUAAGUUACAAAUAAGCAAUGGAUCGCUUGUAGAACUUUUCUUUGGUCAUAACAGCAAUAUUGAUAAUAACUAUAGUAAAAUUUGUAAAUUGAUUAUACUGCCCAAACCUAAUGAGUUAAUUACAGAAUUAGAUUCCAAUACAAUUUUUGUCCCACCUCAUAUAUUUAUACAUAGUAUUAAGACCAACAACAACAGUAUUAGCGUUAAACCACUGAAAUAUUUACACAAUUUGAGAGGUAAUUUUACAAAAGCUUCUUCAAUCAAGUUAUCACGUGUAGCUAGUAUAUUAAAUUCUCAAAAAUUGUAUCAAAGUUUAAUUCAGAAGGAAUUGACUGAUUAUUUUUUGGAAAAAUCCAGAUUAUUAUCUAUUGGUGACUAUAUUCCUGUAUUAUUUGAUUCAAGAAAAUGUCUUUUCAAAUAUUUCCCCACAAAAAAACUUUUUUCUGGAGGAGUGGAAGGAGGAGAAGAAGAAGAAGAAGAAGAAAAAGAGGAAGAGGAAAAGUGUCGUGAUAGUUUAGUCUGGUUCCAAGUUAUUGAAAGCAGUGUUAGUAAUAAUACUAUUGGUGACAAAUUUUUCUUGGUUGAUCAAUAUUCCGAAAUUGUGAUAGAAAACUAUGUUUCAUACGUAUCUAUUCCAAGAUCAAUUUGUAAUUACAUUGAAUAUUAUAAGUUACCAAAGGCUAUUAAACUAUCUGAUGAUAUCUUUUCAGAAUACUCCAACUUAAAGAAAAUUUUAGGCACAAAAUUAAAUACAAAAAUUUUAAUAUAUUCAAGUACUAACAGUGUUGGUAAAUAUACCACAAUUUUGACUAGCUGUUUGGAUCUUGGCUUAAAUAUAUUGGAUAUAGACUGUUUAGAACUUGGACAAGGGCAACCAACAAAUAAAAUUAUUGGAAUGAUUAAGGCCAAAAUAGACCCUGUUUUAAAUUAUUGUCAUAAAGGUUCAAGUGUUUUAGUUUUUAAACAUUUGGAAUGUAUAAUCAGAGACGAUGCCCAUGAUGAAACCGCCAAGAAAUUUAAUAUUUCAUUUUUAAAAUUGCUUUCCGAUUAUAGUAAAAUGGCAACCAUCAUAUUAACCACCAAUAAACUUGAAUCCAUGGCACCAAUUAGAUCGUCCAUUAAUUUUGAAAUCGAAUUAGGUGUUCCUAACGAAAAACAAAGAAUGGAGAUUUUUAAAUUUUAUUUAAAAAAUCUUGAGCUAGAUUAUAGCAAGAUAGCAACACAAUCUGCCGGGUUAACCCCAAUUGAUAUCAAGGCAAUAGCAACUAGAUCUUUUUCAAUGGAAACGGAUUCAACCACUCUAGAUUUGGUAUUGAAAAAUAUCAACAAAGCAAGAGACGAGUUUUCUGAGUCUAUUGGUGCACCCAAGAUUCCUAAUGUCACUUGGGAGGAUGUUGGUGGAUUAGACAUGGUUAAGGGUGAAAUUAUGGACACUAUUGACAUGCCAUUAAGAUAUCCUGAAUUAUUUGGUUCGGGAAUGAAAAGAAGAAGUGGCAUUUUGUUUUACGGUCCACCAGGCACUGGCAAAACAUUAUUGGCAAAAGCCAUUGCAACCAAUUUUUCAUUAAAUUUUUUCAGUGUCAAAGGCCCAGAAUUAUUAAAUAUGUACAUUGGGGAGAGUGAAGCUAAUGUCAGAAGAGUUUUUCAAAAAGCUAGAGAUGCCAAACCAUGCGUUAUAUUUUUUGACGAACUAGAUAGUGUUGCUCCCAAAAGAGGCAAUCAGGGUGAUUCUGGAGGUGUUAUGGAUCGUAUCGUUUCACAAUUAUUAGCAGAGUUGGAUGGUGCUAAUGGAGACGGUGGCGGUGUAUUUGUUGUUGGUGCUACCAAUAGGCCUGAUCUAUUAGACGAAGCCUUGUUGAGACCGGGAAGAUUUGAUAAAUUGUUGUAUUUGGGAAUCAGUGAUACCAACGAAAAACAAUGUAAUAUUAUAAAAGCUUUAACUAGAAAAUUUGCUAUUAGUGAAGAUACCGAUUUGUUGGAAGUAGCUGCCAAUUGCCCAUUUACUUACACUGGUGCUGAUUUUUAUGCGUUAUGUUCUGAUGCAAUGCUAAACGCUAUGACAAGGGUAGCCAAAGACAUUGAUUUGAAAUUAGAUAAAUAUAACAAGGAAGAGAAUGAUAAUGUUAAAAAACCUGUUUCUUUAAAAUUUUGGUUUGAUAAUGUUGCAAAUGAUUAUGAUAUCAAAGUGGUGGUCACAAUGGAGGAUUUUAUAAAGGCACAGAAGAAUUUAAAGCCUAGUGUGUCUGCAGAAGAGUUGGAACAUUAUUUAAAAAUAAGAGCAAAUUUUGAGAACUAA